AGCUCCCCUCUGCGAGACAAUCCAGCCUCCGCCAACCGCGGAACGGCACCUCGAUCGGGCCUGAAGCGAUCUCGUGGCGCUGGUGAUGAUAUGUCUUCCUCUGUCGGCCGGGCAUCGAGCCCCAUGCCUUCCUCCCCUCCAGCCUUCAAUAUUGCCCACGGUGGUGAUGACGAUGACGACAUUGAGGAAGAAGCCGAGAUCCAGGAUGAUAUCGACGACCUUGAUGAGAUGGCCGAGGAUGAUGUCGAUCUUUUCCGAGAGGGAUUUGAGCACGAUUACCGUGAGAGAGACGCCAAUGACGAGUACGAAGGGAUCGACCUCGACGAUGACGGGCAAUAUCAAGACAUGAGCAUCGCCGACAGGCGGAGGCUCGAGGCACAACUGAACCGCCGAGACCGCGAGGUGGCCCGCAGGGGUCUGCCGCGCAUUUUCCUUGAUGAUGGUGUAGAUGAAGAGGGCGAUGUCGACUUGACUGCACAGCCUCGCCGCCGCCGCCAUCGCUACGAUGAGGACCCCGACGAGGAUAUGGACGGCGACAUCAUGGAGGAGGAACUCUCGCUGGAGGCACUCCGAGAUGUCAAGUCGUCCAACAUCACUGACUGGGUAUCGCAAACAAACGUCCAGCGAUCUAUCAAGCGCGAGUUCAAAUCCUUCCUCACCGAGUUCACGGACGACAACGGUCUAUCUGUCUACGGCAACCGCAUCCGAACCCUUGGUGAGAUCAAUGCUGAGUCUCUCGAGGUCUCGUAUCAGGAACUGGCGUCAGAGAAGGCCAUCCUGGCCUUUUUUCUAGCCAAUGCUCCCGCCGAGGUACUCAAAUUGUUUGACGAGGUUGCCAUGGAUGUCGUCCUCUUGCACUACCCCGACUACGAGCGCAUUCAUGCCGAGAUUCAUGUUCGCAUCUACGACCUUCCCCUGAAUUAUACUCUGCGCCAGCUCCGACAGCAGCACCUGAACAGCCUGGUUCGGGUAUCUGGUGUGGUCACAAGGCGUUCUGGCGUGUUCCCACAGCUGAAAUACGUCAAAGUUGACUGCAACAAGUGCGGCGUCACCUUGGGUCCUUUCCAGCAAGAGUCCAACGUCGAGAUCAAGAUCACUUACUGCCAGAACUGCCAAUCACGGGGUCCAUUUACCCUCAACUCUGAGAAGACAGUCUACCGCAACUACCAGAAACUAACCCUGCAGGAGUCGCCUGGUACGGUCCCUGCUGGUCGUUUACCCCGUCAUAGGGAGGUCAUUCUGCUCUGGGAUCUGAUCGACAAGGCCAAGCCUGGCGAGGAGAUCGAAGUCACCGGCAUCUAUCAGAACAACUAUGAUGCGCAGCUGAACAACCGAAAUGGUUUCCCUGUCUUUGCUACCAUCCUAGAGGCGAACAACGUGGUGAAGACCCAUGACCAGCUUGCUGGGUUCAGACUCACUGAGGAGGAUGAGCACGAGAUCCGCGCCCUGUCGCGAGACCCACAGAUUAUCGACAAGAUCGUCAACUCCAUCGCACCAAGCAUCUACGGCCACACAGAUAUCAAGACCGCAGUUGCGCUCUCUCUGUUUGGCGGCGUGGCAAAGACAGGCAGGGGCGAACACCACGUCCGAGGCGACAUCAACGUCCUUCUUCUGGGUGAUCCUGGUACCGCCAAGUCUCAGGUGCUCAAAUAUGUCGAGAAGACGGCCCACCGUGCUGUCUUUGCCACAGGCCAGGGAGCCAGUGCUGUCGGUUUGACGGCUAGUGUCCGUCGUGACCCCUUGACUAGUGAAUGGACCCUUGAGGGUGGUGCUCUGGUGCUCGCCGACAAGGGCACCUGUCUCAUCGACGAGUUCGACAAGAUGAAUGAUCAGGAUCGUACGUCUAUCCACGAGGCCAUGGAACAGCAGACCAUCUCCAUCUCCAAGGCCGGUAUCGUCACGACCCUACAAGCUCGCUGCGGUAUCAUUGCGGCUGCUAACCCGAUCGGUGGACGAUACAACUCGACCAUUCCCUUCUCUGCUAAUGUGGAAUUGACCGAGCCUAUCCUGUCUCGUUUCGAUGUUCUCUGUGUUGUCCGCGACACGGUUAAUCCGUCAGAGGAUGAGCGCUUGGCGCGCUUUAUUGUGGGAUCGCAUAGCCGCAGCCACCCUUCGACGAACUCGCAGAAGACGCAGGACGACUCGAUGGAUGUCGAGGCGGACACGCAGGGAAACAACACGCAAGCUACAUCCAAGCCUGCCACAGCUCCGGCCAAAGAGGGCGAGAUCCCACAGGAGCUCCUCCGGAAGUACAUCCUGUGGGCACGAGAGCACUGCACGCCGAGGCUGGGCAACAUGGAUGAGGACAAGAUUGCACGUCUCUUUGCAGACAUGCGCAGAGAGUCUCUGGCCACUGGAGCCUACCCCAUUACUGUACGUCACUUGGAGGCUAUCAUCCGCAUCAGCGAGGCCUUUUGCCGGAUGCGACUGGCAGAUUACAUCACGACACAAGACAUCGAUCGGGCCAUCGCCGUCACGAUUGAGAGUUUUGUCGGCAGCCAGAAGGUCAGCUGCAAGAAGGCCUUGGCACGGGCUUUUGCCAAGUAUACGUUGGCCAGGCCGAGUGCAGGUCAGCGGAGAGCUGGAGGCGCUGCUGGUCGGAGUGGUCGGCCAGCUGCUGUCAUGGCUUGAGGGGGUGGAAUGAUUGGCUACCUCGGUUCUAUCACCUGCGGUCUAUUUGUUAUGUCUUGCCUUGUAUGAUUUCGGCGUUUGGAUUCUUUUUCGGCAACGAUGCCUGGUUUCACGCGUGCGACUUUUGCGCUCUUGACGGGAUUCGACGAUGGAUAUGAAGGAUCGAUGACGGGAAGGUAUGAAGAGGUAGAGGGUCUCGAUAUUUUUCAUCAACGAAGGGAACUAUUUGUUCUUC